GCGGCUGUGCGGGAGACGCGCCGCGCCCUUCGUCUGGCUUCUGAUGCUUGCUGCUUUUGUCCUGUGUUGUCACUGCCUUUGUUUCCCGCUCUUCUGGGGGCACGUCCGAAGUAGCGGCCCAUAGUGAAAGGAGGAUCCGUCCGCCCCCGAGAUCAGGGGAGCGGGCGGUCAUCCCCCGGCGCUUGGAGGAGCGGGUUGCGGCUCACGGUUAGGAUCAUGUCCCUGGACCCCACACUUCCUGAGGUGCGAGCAGGCGCAGCGAGCCCAACCUUCGGUUCCUUAAGGGACGAGCUUCGGGAGAGGGCCCCGCGGGGAGGGAGGGUCGCGCCCUGGCCCGGCCCGGGCCAGAGCCCUGUGAUGCUGCAUCGCCCCCCCCGCAGCACAGCCAGACGCCCCCGAGCUGGAGGACCUGAGCGCCCCGCGGACGCCGCCGGAGCGCAGGACACGGCUUUGCUGCCGCGCUUCCGGGCUUGGCCGAGACCCACAGCCAGAGGGCUUGGCCUGGCAGGAGGCCACGCUGUUGUCGCGUCCUGGAUGGCGUGGGACCCGCGGCUGCAGACCUCCGGGGACGCGGGCCCCUCGCUCGCCGGCGGCGCAGGAUGAGACGGAGUGGGGCCCGGCUGGGGUGCGCGGGAGGGCUCUCUCUGCGUCUCUGGCGCCUUCAAGCGGGCCCUGAGCGCUGCCGCAGCACUGCGACCCAAGACCAGGGUGUGGGGUAUCUGUCAUUAGCCAGAAUUCCUGCGGAAAACGAUGGGGGUUGUCAUCUCAGACAGAAAAGGCCUAACACGGAAGCCCACCUCGGGAGUUUCUCACCUACCCGCCAUCCCUUUUUUGCUCAUGAAUGUCAAAGUCCUCAACUCAGCUCUCUCCUGUGUUACCUGGAAAUGUCUGUCUUACCUCUGAGGAAAUAAAUCCCUUUUUCAGUCUCCUGGA